GGUUUUUGUUCGUGCUUUAGGGUUUCAAUCAGCAUCAGAGCUUUAGCGCCGGGAAUCACCAACAGCAAAAAUGCCUUCUCACAAGUCAUUCAUGAUUAAGAAGAAGCUAGCGAAGAAGCAGAGACAGAACAGGCCAAUUCCUUACUGGAUCCGUAUGAGGACUGAUAACACAAUCAGGUACAAUGCUAAGCGUAGGCACUGGCGUAGGACCAAGCUAGGAUUUUAAGGUGGAAGAAUCGUGUUUUAUUUAAGUUUUUUAUGGAAAAACAUUUCGGAUUAUGUUUUAGUUUCUGGCUCAAUAGGAGCUCAUUUGCUGAGGAAACAGAUUGUGUUUUUAAUUUUGGAAGAGAUUUAUAUAUUAAUGACUGAUUAUGAAGUUGUUCUGUUUAAUUUGA